AUGGAACUUCUUCCACGACACUCUCGCCCAAUUGCUCUGACUACAAAAGAGCUAGGUCCAAUAUCCGAUUUGGCUCCAUUUUCCGCCUUGAUCGUAUCCAUCGUCUUGGUAAUAUGCUUCUUCGUUCGCUACUACAUCCUCGAAGGAUUUCUCAUCCGUCGUGUGUAUGGCUCCAAAUACACAGAAAUGAGUGAGCUGAACCGCCGUGGCUUCGUGAAUCACCAUAUCGCUGGUCUCACCAAAGUGAUCAUUUUGAUCGUUGCCGCAUACCCGUUCGUCAGUAUCGCUUUCUGCAGAGGGCCAUCAUUCAACACCCCCUAUGCCCCUGGAUCAUCAGUGACACUGGGGGACAUCAUGAUCAUUGUGUCCCAAAUGUUGAUUGGGAUAUACAUUUUCGAGUUGAUCUACCGCAUGAAGUUGUCACCCGUGGCCGUGAUGCACCACGUCGGGACAAUCUUCAUUGGGCAAGCGGCCAUCGCCAUCAGUCUGCGACCAUUACGCGAGCCCGACGCGUACAUCGAGUUUGUCCUCUGUACUGUCUGGGGCGCAUUCGAUGCCGUUUUCGAGUUAUUCCCUCACGUUGCUAUCGUUCUCUACCGCGUUUUCCCCGAACGACACCGCCUCCUCAGUCGGGUCUUUCUCUUCUCCUGUUUUACAACUGCAUUGGGAACAGCCACUGAGACAAUUGUGACCAUGUGGCUGUUUGGAAGCACGUGGGACCGGUGGCGCCUUGCCUUCAAAAUUGUCACCCCACUCCUGCAUAUUGCGUUCUCCGCCGCUCAGAUCCAUGGCAGUCUUGUCUUCUGGCGGAUGUACCGUCGACAACAGCGCUUCCAGAGGGAGGUUGAUGCCGAGGACAAACAUAGCUUUGUUGGGGGUGGGACCUCGCUAGACUAUUGCCUAUCCCAGACCCAGCACUGA